ACCGCUGGGCACCCUCCUGUUGCUCACUUCUCAGCACAUGCGUAUUCUACUAUUUUCCUCUUGCGCGUGCGCCGAUAGCGCCCCACACUCAACUUUACCGCCCCCUCAAUCAGCGCUUGCGCAGUACAGCUUCUGACGCAGGAAUAUUACGCCAAUCAAACGUGUCGCGCUAAGCGCACGCGCACUAUGCCGUCGUAGCUGACGCGCAAUCCCGGCGCAUGCGCCCGUUGCUAGCGCAGGCGCAGUAGCACCAGUGCUGUAUCUGCUGUCACCCGUCUUCCGCUCGCGGUGGGUCGGGGCUCGCGGCCUCCCUGCCGGCGCUACCGAUGGCGCUGCCGCUGGGUGAGGGCGUGGGCGGGAGCCGGCUGCGGCGGCAGCUGGAGUCGGGGGGCUUCGCGGCGGGCGAGUACGUGAAGCAGCUGUCGCAGCAGUCGGACGGGGACCGGGACCUGCAGGAGCACCGGCAGCGCAUCCAGGCGCUGAGCGAGGAGACGGCGCAGAGCCUCAAGCGCAACGUCUACCAGAACUACCGCCAGUUCAUCGAGACGGCGCGCGAGAUCAGCUACCUGGAGAGCGAGAUGUACCAGCUCAGCCACAUCCUCACCGAGCAGAAGGGCAUCAUGGAGGCCGUCACCCAGGCCCUGCUGCUGCAGGCCGACCGCGACGACCCCGCCCUGGGCGCCCGCCGCGCCGCCGCCGACCCCCACAGCAACCCCUUCCUUCCCCUCUCGGCCAAGGAGGCCGCCGCCAGCGAGGAGGGGCGGCAGCGCACGCUCACCACCCUGCUGGAGAAGGUGGAGGGCUGCCGGGACCUGCUCCCCGAGAGCCCCGGCAAGUACCUCGUCUACAACGGGGAUCUGGUGGAGUACGACGCCGACCACAUGGCACAGAUCCAGCGGGUGCACGCCUUCCUCAUGAACGACUGCCUGCUGGUGGCCACCUGGCUGCCCAACCGGCGUGGCGCCUACCGCUACGACGCCCUCUACCCCCUGGAAGGGUUGGCUGUGAUCAAUGUCAAGGACAAUCCACCCAUGAAGGACAUGUUCAAGCUGCUCAUGUUUCCCGAGAGCCGCAUCUUCCAGGCCGAGAAUGCCAAGAUCAAGAAGGAGUGGCUGGAGGUGCUGGAGGAGACCAAGCGGAACCGCGCCCUCAGUGAGAAGCUGAGGCUGGAGCAGGAGGCCCUGCCACGGGCUGCUCCCCCACCUCCUGAGACCGCCAAUCCCUUUGACCAAGAAGAUGAAAAGGAACCCCCACCUGAGGAAGAGACAGUAGAUUUGUCCCUGGAGUGGAUCCAGGAGUUGCCUGAAGACCUAGAUGUCUGCAUUGCCCAGAGAGAUUUUGAGGGGGCGGUGGACCUGUUGGAUAAGCUGAAUGAGUAUUUGGGAUACAAGGCCGUGAGCCAGCCAGUGAGGGAGCUUCGAGCCAAGGUAGAUGAGCGAGUCAGGCAGCUCACGGAUGUGCUGGUGUUUGAGUUAUCUCCAGAUCGGUCAUUACGAGGUGGUCCUAGGGCCACUCGCCGGGCUGUGUCCCAGCUCAUUCGCUUGGGCCAGUCCACCAAGGCAUGUGAGCUUUUCUUGAAGAACAGGGCAGCUGCAGUACACACAGCCAUCCGUCAACUGCGCAUUGAGGGUGCCACUCUGCUCUACAUCCACAAGCUUUGCCAUGUCUUUUUUACCAGCCUGCUAGAAACUGCCAGGGAGUUUGAGACAGACUUUGCCGGCAACAGUGGCUGCUACUCUGCCUUCAUUGUGUGGGCCCGCUCAGCUAUGAGGAUGUUUGUAGAUGCCUUUAGCAAGCAAGUAUUCGACAGUAAAGAGAGCUUGUCCACGGCUGCUGAGUGUGUGAAGGUAGCGAAGGAGCACUGCAAGCAGCUCAGCGAGAUUGGGCUGGACCUCACGUUCAUCAUUCAUGCCUUGUUGGUGAAGGAUAUCAAAGGAGCUUUGCAGAGCUACAAGGAUAUCAUCAUUGAGGCCACCAAGCAUCGCAACUCUGAAGAGAUGUGGAGAAGGAUGAACCUGAUGACCCCAGAGGCCCUGGGGAAACUCAGAGAGGAGAUGAGGAGCUGUGGGAUGAGCAGUUUUGACCAGUACACUGGUGAUGACUGCUGGGUGAACCUUAGCUACACUGUGGUGGCUUUUACCAAGCAGACUAUGGCCUUCUUGGAGGAAGCACUCAAGCUGUACUUCCCAGAGCUGCACAUGGUUCUCCUGGAAAGCCUAGUGGAGAUCAUCCUUGUGGCUGUCCAGCAUGUCGAUUACAGUUUACGGUGUGAACAGGACCCUGAAAAGAAAGCAUUCAUCAGGCAGAAUGCAUCUUUUCUUUAUGAAACUGUCCUCCCUGUUGUGGAGAAAAGGUUUGAGGAAGGGGUUGGAAAGCCAGCUAAGCAACUACAGGAGCUGAGAAAUGCUUCAAGACUGAUACGUGUAAAUCCUGAAAGUACAACUUCUGUAGUAUAAAUGAAACCUGUGUGUUCUCUUCAAAAGUCUAUCAAUAAUGUUGUCUAUGAAGAUAUAUUUUGUAAAUCUUUUCCAAAUCCCUGAAAGCUGCAAAAUUCCACCUGCAACCUUGUUUUAGCUAAAGACCCAUGAACCAACUCUGAAGACAAGGAAGGGAAAGAAAAAUUAAAUAAUUAAGGGAAAAAAGCAUUGGGGUCAGAUAAUCUUAUAUUGCAUGUCUCCUUUCCCCAUUAAUGGCCUCUGUUGUGAUGUUUUACAUUCUGCUUUGGGACAAAUAAAAUGUUAGUGAAAUAUCUACAUAUUUGUACUACAUAUAGCAGUAAAAUAUAAUCUCUAAUCACAUUUUGAAUUGUGUGAUUAAAAAAAAUUAACAUAUUCCCAAAGGAAUAUAAUUGCUAGGUUUACUUGAAGCAUUCCCUAGUGUGGUUCAUUGUGAAGCUCAUCCACCUUUCAAACAUGAGUAAAUUCUAUGGAUUUGCAGAAUUCACCCUCUGGUAGUCUUUAAGCAGAGAUUUGCUUGACAACAAGACAGUCAAUCAGCACUACAGAGAGCGCAUAGUCACUUCAAAAAAAGAUUCUCAGAUUAAAGAUGUUAUUAAAAAAGAAAACAUUUCCUUACCUAGUUUAGCAAAAGGACAUUGUCAACUUAAAAAUCCUACCUCCCUGAAGAAAUGCUCUACCUGCUGUUAGAAAGAACACCUAAGAUUAUUACAACUGAGAUUUUUUAAUGUUAUGUAUUUACUUUGUUUUUCUGUUGACUUCCGUGGGGGCAGGAGUGGGUCCCUUACACCCACACACAGUGUAGUUUAUUGAGAUGUGGGUAUAACUACAUUUCUAUCCCCUAUCUACCUGUAGAAACCAUAGCAAAGAGGGAUUCUUGUUUCAAAACAUAAAUGAGACUGAGUUGUGCGGGUUGGAGGAAGGUCAUCAUUAAAGUACUACUUCAUGUUUAAGAGACUACAUUUCAGUUUCACUUGUGCAAGGCCAUGGAUGAUAGACACAGGAAGAAACAUUUUUCAUAAAGAGAAUGACGCUUAUGUAGUUCUUCUUAAAAACAUAUACCACAUGGCUGUUACUGCAAAUUCGUUAGUGUUGCUUUCUACAGUACAGUAAUUCAUUAUAAAAAUUACCUGUUUCAGUCUUUUUACAACCUUCCCCCUCUUCAAACACCAACCAUAGUAUAUGUGCUUGAUUACACUGAAAAUUUGAAAUCCUUUAUCCACCCCACAGAUACACUAUCCUGCCAAUGUCCUUAAUCCCUGUUGUAGAAGGGACCACAGCCAGAAAUAAGAUUUUUUUGAUCUACUUGGUUUCACUACUGAGACUGCCAACUAGAGUGCCAGUUUCAUGGGCAUUUUAUGUAUAUGCCCCUUCGCUUGGAUCUGAACAGUGACUACUAUCUCAUUCUGUUUCGGUCUCUGAAAAUAAUUUGCAAUUUACUAUAGACUAUAGACCAUUGGCCAGUCUUCUGAUUUUUCUCAGCUUCCUCUUCUUGUAACCUUACAUCUUCUUAAUCAAGAGAAAACAAUAUUGUUACAAAUAAUUUUGUAUUAGAAUCUUAAUCGGCUCUUAAUGGGCAUAAAUGAGAAUCAUACUUGUGCACUUUUAAACUUGUCUCUUUUAAAUGAAACUUUAGCAACUUGUGGUGAUAGGCACCUUAUAAAAGCAUGUAGUAGCAAAACAUUUAACUAGUAAAAGCAAGUGAAUAGCUGAUUAUGUGGAGCCAGCCUUUUUUCCACAUUUCCAUCUCUUUAUUUAAUGGCUCGUUCUCACACUGGUAACUCUUGGACAACACUGAAGUGUCAUGAAAGUGUCAUUGCAUUACCCUGAAAAGCAGAAUCCAACAAUCCAGGGCAGUUUGGUGGAGUUUUUUUUAUAGCUGAUACGUUCUUUGGAAUGCAUCAGCCUUAAUGAGUUUGGGAAACGUUUUCAUAUUGGUUAUAAAAGAGAACAAAAGAGCAUCCUUUAUGGUUAUUUUUUUUAAUGGUAUAUAUUCUGUAUCUUUUUUUUCCACCCCACUCCUGAAGAUAACACUUUCAUUUAGGAGUGCUGAAUAAUUGACUUAAAGCUCAUUUGAAUUUGUUGCAGUUCAACAGACUAAAUAUUAAGACUCUGAUUCUUCACUGUAUCUGAAGGCUUGCUGUAAGGAGCUGGGUUGCAGCACCAUGAUUCAGAGCUUCCCAAUAAGAUAGAGUAGGAGGGGUGUCCUCUUCUAAUUGAUGCUGUUGUUGCUGCUGAUGUAACAUUCCUUACUGCCAGCAGAGGGUUGAAUGUAGUGGACCUCAGCUCUGCCACAUCCUCUCCUGCCCCGAUGUGACCCCAGUCUUCGCCGAUAUGCUCCCUCUUUGUGCCAGAGGUUGGGAAGCACCCGAUAUAAGAGGCAGAAUCUGCCCAGUGGCUUUAGCAGACCAAAAAGUCCAGGCUUUCAUUCGAUUUUGUUGACCAAAUCUUGUAUUUGCUUGGCUGCUACAAAUUCACACUAAUUUUUGCAUAUGGAGUUUGGGCUGUCUAAACCACUUUUUAGGUAGCAUUGAUAUUUUGUACCUUGUGAUUCUGUUUAAGUCACGACUGAGAAGGUAUGUAGGGCAAAAUAAAUUAUGGCUGAGAAAAGUGAAGUAUAAAUUAAAUUGAACACACACUUUGUACGCUAAUUGAAAUAGCUAUGAUUAAAAUAAACAUUUUGAAAGUUCCUUUUUAAUAAAUACAAUUUCAGAUUUGUUUACAUUAUUGUUAGGUAGCACUUUUAUUUUCCUAAAAUAAAAUGCAGGUAGGGAGAGUAUUGUUCAGAUUUUAGUUUAGUAGUUGGAUUAACUAUUCAGGUGAUAUACUAAUUUUGCAAUUUUGAUGGCUUGGAGUGGAGUAAUCAUAUUUCUGUUGUUAGAAUUUUUUCAUUUUGAGAGGGCAUUGUGUGUAAAAUUCGAUAAUUCCUUUAGCUGCUUUGAUAAAAUUGUGAAUGUCUGCAUAUAGUCAAGACAUUUUUACUCAUGGGAGUUGACAUGUUUCAGAUACUUUAAUGUUGUAACAUUUCUGAGCGGAGAGGACCAUACAGUAGACUUUGUAUGGAUACAAAUUCCUAGUCAUAUGAAUAGAAGUAUUGUAGUAGGGGAAUAGAAAUGUUGAACCAGCCUCCUGAUCAGGAAAAAGCUACUGAGGACCUGAUUCAGUGCUUAUUGAUGUCAAUAGCAAGACUACCAGUGAUUUCAGCGGGUUUUGGAUCACACUUUUGAGGUAGAUGAAAGAGGCAACUGAAUAAUGUAUCAGUUCAGUUACUUGCAUACAGACUAGGCAAUUGACAUAACGGUACAGUUUGGAGAAACAAUUUCUCAACAUCUUAAAUGAUUGUUUCUUGGAAAAGCUUGUUCUAGAAUUGAGUAGAGGCUGUUCUCAACAUAGUUCUAAGUUACGCACAAGCAUGGAUUCAGGAAGUAACUGUAGUUGUGUCACUAAAUAAAAGUGACCACAAAGUAAUUACGUUCAAUAUCCUGUGGGAAGAAAAUGUAGGACUGUGAUACUAAAUGUUGGAAAGGGAGAUUUUAAAAAAAUGUGGAAGCUGCUCUAAUGGGGUCUAAACUCA